CUCUGAAACUCACGCCCAUCAAGGGAGAAACCGUACAAAACUAACAGACUGAGAAACAGAGAAGACCAAGAACAGAGAGAGAGAGAGAGAGAGAGAGACUCGUUGCCUCAUAAAACCCUCUUUGCUGCUUCAUUCCUUCUCCCCCAUCAUUCUCCUUUCUUCUUUCUUAUUAUUCAGAAGAAGAAGCAAUGGCAAUCUCCUUCUGCUUCUCUCCCUCCACCUCUUCCUCCGCCGCCGCCAUACUCAAUCCGCACCGUUCGGUUCCCACGCUCUCAGCCUCCCCCGUCGUCCACCUCCGCCUCGGCGUCUCCGCUCCCUCUCUCUCCCGCCGCUGCCGCCAGUUCCGCCGCGUGCUGUUCUCCGCCGGCGGCGGUGGAGACCCCCCAUUCAUCGGCGGCGGGGGAUCCUCCGGAGGCGGAGGCGGCGGAGGGGAGGACAAUGCGGGCGGGAAAAACAGGGUGGAGGCGCUGAUGGUGCUGAAGGAGUCCGGGCGGGGACUGGAGAGCUUGCCGGGGGACCUGGCUGCGGCGAUAGAGGACGGGAGGAUCCCCGGCGCGGUGGUGGACAAAUAUAUUGAGCUGGAGAAGAGCGGCUUGUUCGCGUGGCUGUUGCAGUUCGCUGGGUUUAGGGAGCGGUUGCUGGCUGAUGAUCUUUUCUUGUUUAAGGUCUUCAUGGAGUGCGGCGUUGGUCUUUUCACCAAGACUGCUGCCGAGUACCAGAAACGGAAAGACAAUUUUUUUAAUGAGCUUGAAGUUGUAUUUGCUGAUGUGGUAAUGGCCAUAAUUGCAGAUUUCAUGCUUGUAUAUCUUCCUGCCCCAACUGUUUCUCUACGACCACCGCUUGGACUGAGCGCUGGGGCAAUCACCAAGUUUUUCCAUGGCUGCCCUGAUAAUGCAUUCCAGAUCGCUCUCUCUGGAACAUCAUACUCCUUACUUCAGAGGAUUGGUGCUGUAGUGAGAAAUGGGAGCAAGCUCUUUGUCGUUGGUACUGCUUCUUCACUGAUUGGCACAAGUGUUACAAAUGCCUUGAUCAAUGCAAAGAAGGCUGUUGGUAGCUCUUCAGAAUGUGAAGCUGAGAAUGUACCUAUAGUAUCCACUAGUCUUGCAUAUGGUGUCUAUAUGGCAGUUUCUAGCAAUCUCAGGUACCAAGUAUUGGCUGGUGUUAUUGAACAAAGGAUGUUGGAGCCACUACUACAUCAACACAAGCUAAUGCUAAGUGCAAUAUGCUUUGCUGUUCGAACGGGCAACACAUUCUUGGGUUCAUUAUUGUGGGUGGACUAUGCUCGAUUAAUCGGGAUUCAGAAGGCCCAUUAGUUAUACUUAUACAUGGUUGCACUUUCUAAUUUGAUGAGUUUCUCAAGGCAUAGGUUAUCUACAUUUGUUGCAUACAUUAUGCAAUUUGACGACUUGGAGUGAUUGGGGGUUUAUCUGCUAGGUUACAUGGGUUUUCCACCAUCAUAUUUACACCAGCUGAGUCUGAGCCAACCUUGUCUACUUGAUUCUCUCUUUUUGCCUAUACAAUUUUUCACCCAUUUUCUCAUUGUUUUUUUUUGUCUUGAUGCUGUAAGGAUUUUGUUCUGGAGAUCUUAACAGUAAGAAAAGUAUUUUACAGUUAUCUAUUGACUAUGAUGGAGCUUGUGUAGUUCAUGUAUUAGCAUCAGAAGAAAU